CGCGGUUUUCCAUUUUGCAGAAUUAUUUUUGAUUUUUUGCGGAAUCAUGAAUGGAUACAAGGAAGAUAACGAUCCUGAAGAGAACCCAGAAGAAGAUUCUGAAGAAAUUCCCGAAGAAAGUCCUGAAGAUUAUACUGCCGUUGGCUGCGAUCCCGUAGCAACAUUUCUGACCAGCGUGAAGUGCAGCACGAAUAACCUCAACGAAGAACUAAAGAAAUGUUCUCUAACGUACGAUCAGAUCAGCGGCCUGGUGGAAGAGGAUUUACGGCUGAUGGGGGUGAAAAGCGAUUUGGCCAUCAAGGAGAUUCUAUCCGAGUCGUCGCAACUACCGAAGCAACGACGGAUGUACGAUAGAGUUCUGCGUACAGAGUUUCACCCUCUCGAAUAUGCAGAAACCGUCGCUCGGAAUACUGUUGAGCAUUUGGAAAGCAUUAAAGUAUUGUUGAACCUGACGCAGCUGAAGCUAAAAGGCACAAUUCCAGAGAACGUGCUGCUAGAUAACCACAUUUACGCUUCCGAGGUUUCUCUUAAGCUUUGUGAUAGAAUUCACGAUCGGCUCAGUGACAUACAGGCCAUAGUAGAUCCCAACCAGACAACCGUUCCUAACAAACGAACGUCGUGGAUACAACAGGUUACACUACCAGUAAUAUUUCUAUCCGGUGUCCUUCUGGUGUCUAUUUGUUGGAAAAGAGCUGGCUUCCAACUGAUUUGACUGGCUAAUCAUUUUCAUUCCAAUAAAAAGGUAAAUUU